AUGGUAGAUGUACCCGUUCAAGAUAUGAACAAAAAUACAUUUACAUGGCACAACAAGAAUGGCUACAAAUCUGCGAAAACAUAUAAUUUAUUUAAUUAUUUUUCAAGCAUUGAAGAUUCACAUUCAAAAUAUCUUCAUUAUCAAAUGACCAAAUCUUUGUCUGUUCAAACUCAACAUGAUUCUCCAUGUAAAAGUGAUUCUCCUCAACCAUUUUAUCAUAUUCAUCAGGAUUCAAUUAUUACACAGAAGUCAAGUCCAACAUCAGUUAGAUUUAGUCCCCGUAUGGGUUCUAACGCAAUCAAUUAUGCACGCUCAAGUGCUACAAACCGAGUAUCAAUUACUCCCAAUAUGUCACCAAUCAGCAGUUCUAAUGUAGAUCAAUCCAUAUCAAAAAUUAGUGCAAUGUUUCCUACUGCAUCGGAAUCCCAUAUUAAAUCAUUAUUAAAUAAAUAUCAUAACAGAGAAGCUGUUGUUAUUAGUGCUUUGCAAGUAGAAAAGCAUCCAAUCGCUACACCUGGACCUUAUACUCCACCAUCAGUUAGUCGUCAUUAUAUGUUACAAGCAAAUCCUUCACCCAUGGCUAGUCCAUUACCUAAGCCAGCUCAUUAUUCUCCAAAAAUGAAACUCAGAUAUUUGAAAAGUGUAUUUCCAGUAGUAGAAGAAACAGUACUUUUGGAUACAUUAUGUAGUGCUGACAAUAAUGUUAACCAAGCCACAAAAACAUUACUAACUAUGGGAUUCAACAAACGACAUAACAUUACAAACAUUGUGCCUAAACUGCCUAGAGUUACAUUAACCAACAGUGAAAAUGAUUAUGAAGAGGACGAUAUGUUUUGGUUACGAAGAAAAACUUGUGAUGAUUAUGAUAAAACUAAAUCUACUUGUUCAUCUUGGCCUGUUUCUUCUGUUGUAUCAACACCAACCAAAAAAAUAAAUGUUGAAGAACAGAUAAAAAUAAAACAAAGAUUACAGGAUAAAUUUGAUGAUCAAGAAGAAAAAAUUAUAAUUUUUGCCUUGGAAAGUACAGAUUACAACGAAUUAUUAGCUGAUCAGAUUCUUAAAAAUCAUUUGGAUAAUGAAUUUAAAACAAAGGAUGAAAAUUAUGGGAAACUCAAAAAGGAAAAUUCUAGUAAAGAAACAACUGGUGACUGUGUUGUAAUGAACAAACUUUCACAUUCUAAAACUGAAUCGAGAAAUUCUUUCUGUGAAAUAAAUGUUGAGAGUCAGAUGGUUGCAAAUGGUUCACAAAAAAGUUUGGCAAAAGGACCCAAUAAAGAUUUAUUGAGUAAAAUUUCCUCAUCUAAAUGUGAGCUGGAUGAAAAAAAUAGAGUGAAACCCAAAGGCCCAAAUAAAUCAUUGUUGAGUAAAAUUCAUUCUUUAGCAAAAGGACCAAAUAUUGAGCUAAAAAAAGGACCGUCUAAAGGAUUAGCUAAGGGUAGUAUUUUCCAUAGACUAUUCAGGAAAUAA